GCUUUUAUAAUUUUCUUCGGAAGACUCUUCAACUGCCUCUAGUCUUCCUCGCGAGAAUCCCCCCAGCUCCAAAACCCUCAGGUUAUUGUUGAUAACCAAGAAUAACCUUGAUUAUCUACCAAAGUUUUCACUGUUUCCCUUUCCUCUCUGCUUGUAUUACCGAUACUCAAGCUCCCAUGGGUUCGGAUUCGAAGGCGGAGGCUAUUAAGCGGGCGAAGGUUCUUAUGGUGGGUGCGGGCGGCAUUGGUUGCGAGAUGCUGAAGACCCUAGCGCUUUCUGGAUUUCAGGAUAUUCACAUAAUUGACAUGGACACCAUUGAAGUCAGUAACCUGAAUAGACAAUUUUUAUUUCGACAAGAGCAUGUGGGACAGUCCAAGGCCAAAGUUGCUCGAGAUGCUGUCUUGAAGUUUGUACCUCACAUUAAUAUAACACCUUACCAUGCAAAUGUGAAGGAUCCUGACUUUAACGUAAAUUUUUUAAGGCAAUUUAAUGUUGUAUUAAAUGGUCUGGAUAACCUGGAUGCUAGACGGCAUGUUAAUCGUCUUUGCUUGGCUGCUGAAGUCCCUUUGGUUGAAAGUGGAACAACAGGAUUUUUAGGGCAGGUUACUGUUCAUGUUAAGGGUAGAACUGAGUGCUACGAAUGUCAACCAAAACCUAUGCCGAAGACUUAUCCUGUCUGCACAAUCACCAGUACUCCAUCGAAGUUUAUUCACUGCAUAGUUUGGGCAAAGGACUUACUCUUCACAAAAUUGUUUGGUGAUAAAAGUCAAGAGAACGAUCUCUUUGUAUGUAGCGAUGAUGCAUCUAAUUCAGAAAAACCUAUGGAAGACAUAUUUAAGCGAGCACCAGAUGAGGAUCCCAAGCAGUAUGGAAAAAAGAUCUAUGACCAUGUUUUCGGAUAUAACAUUGAAGCUGCUUUGGUUAAUGAAGAAACAUGGAAAAACAGGAGACAGCCUAGGCCAAUCUUUCUUAGAGAUGCUUUGCCUGAGAAACUCAACUUGCAGAAUACUAAUCCUGAAAAAGGCUGCUUGACAGAUGAUUUGUCAUUGUCUGUCCUACCCUUUCUCAGUCUGAACAACCCACAGGAGGUUUGGAAUCUUGCUGAGAAUUCAAGAAUGUUCUUAGAGUCAUUACAAUUAUUCAUCGAGAAACGAGAGAAGGAUAUCGGGAACCUUACCUUUGACAAAGAUGAUCAAUUGGCUCUAGAAUUUGUUACUGCCGCCGCAAAUAUUAGGGCAUCUUGCUUUGGGAUUCCGUUACAUAGCCUUUUUGAUUCUAAGGGAAUUGCUGGCAACAUUGUGCAUGCUGUUGCAACAACUAAUGCUAUUAUUGCUGGUUUGAUUGUGAUCGAAGCAAUCAAGGUACUUCAAGAAGACUUUGAGAAUUGUAGGAUGACAUAUUGUCUUGAACAUCCAUCUAGAAAGAUGCUUCUGAUGCCCAUAGAGCCGUUUGAGCCUAACAAAUCUUGUUAUGUCUGUUCUGAGACACCCUUACUACUUGAAGUCAACACUCGAACAACAACACUGAGAGAUAUCGUUGAAAAGAUAAUCAAAGUCAAAUUGGGCAUGGAUCUCCCCAUGGUAAUGCAAGCUAGAACCCUUAUCUAUGAGGCAGGCGAUGGUCUGGAGGAAGAUGUUGCUGCUAAUUAUGCCUUAAACCUCAACAAGAGCUUAGCAAACCUCCCUGCACCAGUUACCGAUGGCACCAUGCUGACGGUCGAAGAUUUUCAGCAGGAGUUAAAAUGUCAUAUAAACAUUAAACACAGGGACGACUUCGAUGAGGAGAAAGAACCCGACGGAAUGGUCCUAUCAGGAUGGACAGCUCCUGAGAAAGUCGGUGUGGCUACAAGUAAUGGAGAAAGCCCAUCUGCUGAUCAUCAAAUAACAUUAGAACCAACAGAACCUGAAGUGGUUGAAUUAGAUGCAGAAAUGCUCGACACUAAGAGAAAACUGCUUGCUACAUUGGAAAGAAAAGAGCAUGAAGAAGAAGACCAUGAGGUUCUCUCAAUUCUUGUCAAUGACGACGACGAUGACGACGACGUUGUUUUGCUCGAUGACCAUCCCGAAGCCAAUAAGAAGCUGAAGUUGCAGUAGCUUUGAGUUCUUUGUAAAUGAUAACCAGGCUCAGGUAAAAUCACUCAUCCACUAACUAGUUGUUGCUUGAAGGCUAGUGUUAGGCUAUAUAUUUACACUUGAUAGUAUCUCGAGGAGAAUCAUCGAUUCUUCCGAUUCAAAUAGUCGUUUAUCGCCGAGCAAGUUGGGAAUUUUUUUCGAAACCUCUUGUUCUUGAGAAUUCGAAGUUUCUUCUUGAAUGACCAUGUAGUUUUUGUGUA